AUGGCAAAGACCAUCGACUUUCUCGCCUCGGACGGCGAGGACGACUUCGCCUUCCCUCCACCUCCCACAAAGACCAAAGCGGCACGCACCAACGCCACCCCGUCGUCCAGCAAUCCUCUGAAGCGAGCGCGCAAAGGCCCAAAGGGUGGCGAUCAUGACGCCGACGACAACGACGACAACGACGAUGGCUUUGAUAUCACCUCUUCACUUCUCGCCAGCACUGCUGAUUCAGCUCCAACCCCCACGCCAAAACUCUCUUCGUCUCAGCAAGCCGCCAAAACCGCCUAUGCGGCACGCGCAGCUGCCAAGGACAACGACGACGAUGACGCCCAGUUCAUCGCCUCGGUCAUGCAGCAGGCCAAUAUCAAGGCUGGUGUCGAGGUUGCCAAAAAGGCACUCUCUGGCAAGAACAAGGGCAAGAACAAGGUCGGCUCCGGCGUCGUUACAGGAGGUGGAUCGUUCCAGAGCAUGGGCUUGCAUCCCUCGCUGCUCCGAUCCCUUCUCAUCCGCGGUUUCAACACUCCAACACCUAUUCAGCGCCAGGCCAUCCCUGCCAUCAUGUCGCAGCCCCCGAGAGAUGUCGUCGGCAUGGCACGAACCGGUUCCGGAAAGACGCUCGCCUACCUCAUUCCGCUUAUCAACCGUCUCAAUGGCCGUCACUCGCACACAUUUGGCAUCAAGAGCCUCAUCCUCUGCCCCUCGCGUGAGCUGGCAGUACAGAUCCUUCGCGUUGGUAAAGACAUCGCUCGUGGCUGGAAGGCCGAUCCCGGUGAGGGCCAGGACAGCCGCGGUCAGGCUAUCCGCUGGGCCAUGAUCGUAGGUGGAGAGUCGCUCGACGAGCAGUUUGCCAUCAUGUCCAACAACCCGGAUGUCGUCAUUGCCACACCCGGUCGAAUGCUCCAUCUCACCGUCGAGAUGAAUCUCGAUCUCAAGUCGGUCGACUAUGUCGUCUUUGACGAGGCCGAUCGUCUUUUCGAAAUGGGUUUCGCAGAACAGCUGGAGGAAAUGCUCCUUCGUCUGCCGCCGACAAGACAGACGUUGCUGUUCAGUGCUACGCUGCCCAAGAAGCUCGUCGAAUUCGCCAAGGCUGGUUUGCAGGCCAAUCCCAAGCUCCUGCGUCUCGAUGCGGAUAGCAAGAUCAGCGCCGAUCUGCGCAUGGCCUUUUUCAGCGUCAAACCGUCCGAGAAGGAGGCUGCUCUCUUGCUGCUGCUGCGAGACGUCAUCGGCGUUCCUCUCGGCGAACAGGCCGCACCGGAUCUAGAAGAAGAAGCUCAGUUCAACGAAGAUGCGAGCAACGACGAAGGGCACGGGCGUGGCUACGGCAAUAGGCGAUCCGAUUUCAAGGGCAAAGCCAAGGCGGACAAGGGCAAGGACUUUGCGGGCAAGCGCAAACGCGGUCCAGCGGGAGGCGCACUCGAACUGCUUCCGCACCAGACCAUCAUUUUUUGCGCCACCAAGUACCACGUCGAGUACCUGCUGCUGCUCCUUACCACCACCGGCUAUGCAUGCUCGCACAUCUACUCGUCGCUCGACCAGGCCACACGAGGUAUCCAGAUGUCCCGUUUCCGACGCGGCCAGACGAGUCUGUUGAUCGUCACCGACGUCGCGGCUCGUGGUAUCGAUCUGCCCGUGCUCGAGCAUGUGGUUAACUUUGACUUUCCCCCGCAGCCGCGUACGUUUGUCCACCGAGUCGGACGUACCGCGCGUGCGGGUAAGAACGGUUGGGCGUGGAGCAUGUGCACCAAUGCCGAGCUGCCGUAUCUGUGCGAUCUGCAGCUCUUCCUUGCGCGCCCGCUCGUCUCGUCGCACACGGCCAUCGCUGCCAUCGCCGGCGACGGCAAAAAUGUCGCAGCCGCAGACGCGCUCGGUCUGCACGAGAGUCUCGUGCUCGGCACAUUCCCUCGCGAAGCGCUCGAUCUCGAAACAGAGUACAUUACCUCGUCGCUCACCAACACUUCCUCGUCGACUGCACACGACUUCCCCGCGCUCCGACAGGUCGCCGAACGCGCGCAGCAGAAGUACGAAAAGUCGAUCGCAAAGGCCUCGCAAGAGUCGCACCGUCGUGCCAAGGAGAUGAUCAAGCUCGGCAGCAUCGAGCAGAUCAACAUCCGCACCGCUGCCGGUACCGAGGGCGAAGUACCUGAGUGGACGCUGGCCGGUUCGCCGCUUGAAGAGAUGGCCGUGCACGACGUCAUCAAGCGACCCGAGGUGUACUCUUUGAACGGUGCAAAGAUGGCCGAGGCCGCGAGAAGCCUGUUGGGCACUUCGACUGCGGUUGCGGGCAAGAGCGAUGGGAAGGCGGCGGUCAAGGAGGCGGAAGAGGCGGCGGCGAGGGCAGCGUUGCUGGCCAAGGUGAAUGCCUUCCGUCCGCACGAGACAGUGUUUGAGAUUGGCAUUCGUGGUGACGCUACGCCGUUGGGUGCGCUCAUGCGCAGUAGAAGACAGACGAUGGACGUCAAGACCAAGAGGGCAGAGGCUUUGGAAGCGCGAAAGAGGGCCAUGGAGGGCGGUGGCGGAGAGGAUGACGACGCCGUGCCAAGCAAGAAGGGCAAGAAGAAAGCCGCUGCUACCAAGGAUGGAGUGGACGAGGAUGACACAGCCGCUUUGGCGGACCAGACAGUGGAUCUGGAGCAAGCCGAUGAAGCCGAGAUCCUGGCUGCCUUCGAUACGGGCUCCUCCAAGAAGGUCGCAAAGCCUCUACGCGACGCAGCCGAGUCCGAGUCCGAGUCCGAAGCCUCCGACGCCUCCGACUCUGAUUCUGACGCCGACACCACGGCUCCACCCGCCAAGCGCACUCGCACCGCCACCUCUGGCAAAUCCAGCAAACCCACGCCCACCUCGUACCGCGAUCCCAACUUCUACCUCUCCUACGAGCAGGAGGGUUCGCGCUCCGAACGCGGCUAUUCACUCAACAACCCGCGCAGCGGCGGGAUCGACUCUUUCAUCCAACAAGCCUCCGCCGCCUCGUUCGACAUCGCCGGCGACGACGCCACACUGGGCACGCAGACGCAGCGGCCCAAUGUGACGCGCUGGGACAGCAAGAAGAAAAAGUUCAUCCAGGGCACCGUGGGCGCGGAUAACAAGAAGAUGAUCCGCACCGAGUCCGGUGUUCGGCUGCCCGCCUCGUUCCGAUCCGGACGCUUUGAGGAGUGGAAGCGCGAGAAGCGUGUCGACAUUCCGAAGACGGGCGAGGUGGAGAGGGCUGGUGGCAGCAGUAACGGAGGACAACGCGAGCCGAUGGGCAGCGUCAUGGGCUUGAAACGGUUCAGGCACAACAAGGAGACGCCGGCCAAGGGCGCCGGUGGAGCGGUGCCGCAGGUGUUUGGAAAGGGCAGGCCCGGCCAGGCCAAGAGACAGGCUGCCAAGGAUGAAGUCAAGAGCGCCCGCCAGAUUCAGAAGGAGCGAGAGAUCAAGCAGCAGAGGAGGGAGAAGAACGCAAGGCCGAGCCAGAAGGACGGUAAAGGCAGGGGCGGGGGAGGCGGACGCGGUGGACGCGGUGGUGGACGAGGUGGCGGCAGGGGAGGUGCAAGAGGUGGUGCAAGAGGAGGCGGACGAGGAGGCGGACGAGGGGGAAGGAGGUAA